GUGUGGACGUCAUCAUGACAUCACUUUGAAGAAUACCCGCCCCUCUACAGUAGCGGAAGUUCCGUUGAUAUUCUGGGACAGCAAGUGCACCCCUUAUAGUGUAUGUGUGGCAACAACAUGUCUCUGCCGCUGCUCGCUGAGGCUGUGACGGUGUCUGGGACAGAGAAGGAGACCGCUGCGGUGAUCUUCCUUCAUGGUUUGGGUGACUCAGGGCAUGGCUGGGCAGAUGCCAUGACGGCUAUCCGACUGCCACAUGUAAAGUAUAUCUGCCCCCACGCGCCCAGAAUCCCUGUCACUCUUAAUAUGAAGAUGACUAUGCCCUCAUGGUUUGACCUGAUGGGUCUCAGCCCAGAUUCUCCAGAGGACGAGGCUGGCAUCAAGAGGGCAGCGGAGAACAUCAAGGCCAUAAUCGACCAUGAGGCAAAGAAUGGGAUACCCGCCAAUCGCGUGCUGCUUGGAGGGUUCUCUCAGGGUGGGGCUCUGUCCUUGUAUACCGCCCUCACCUGUCAGCAGCAAUUGGCAGGCGUGGUCGCGCUCAGUUGCUGGUUACCACUUCACAAGAGUUUCCCGCAGGCGGCGAGCGCCAGUGGGAACAGAGACAUGCCCAUACUGCAGUGUCAUGGGGAGAUGGACCCCAUGAUCCCAGUGCAGUUUGGGGCCAUGACGGCCGAGAAGCUCAAGAUCAUUGUCAACCCUCAGAAAAUCACCUUCCGGACCUACCCAGGACUCAUGCACAGCUCCUGUCCUCAGGAGAUGGCAGCAGUGAAGGAAUUCAUUGAGAAGCAGUUGCCCCGAAUCUGACCUCACCUCAACCCCACUGUGACCCUUAGACACUGACCUCUCACCUCUGACCUGCCAUUCUCCCACAGGAAACAGCCAUGAGCACCGCCCCCUCCCUCCCUAUACAUACACAGUAACACUUACUUUCACAUAUCAUCAUCAUAUACACAUAAUACAUGCCUCAUUCCAUAAAAAUCCAACCAACGCACAUCAUACUGGACACAAUCAUACUGGACACACACCAUUUAUAAACGCACAUUUGUUAACACACUGAAGUGCUCACACAACAAGUCUUACCUUUUCGAGCGAGAAUCACUCACUCACAGUACAUUCCCCUGGGAUUCUUUUCUCUCUUAUCCAACCCGCCAGUAUCCCCUCUUUCUUUCUCUCAAUCUAUCUCUCCUCCUUUCACGACAUCCACUCCUGUUUCCCUCCUAUGCUGUGUGUGUCAGUGAGUCAGUCAGUUAGUGAGCAGGGGUCCCUGUUGCUAGAUGCCACCCAGUGUCAGAGAGCCUGACCCAGGCUGAGGAGAUAGCAGGUUCAGCAGCCUGUGGUUCUGGUCCUCAGGCCCCGAGGUCUGGUGCCGUCUGGAGUGACUCUGGUGCCGUCUGGAGUGACUCUGGUGCCGUCUGGAGUGACUCUGGUGCCACGCUGCUCUGCAUGCUGUUCCCAACGGGUUCACGGCCACUGGUCCCCAUGGGUGCCCCUGUUACUCCUGGUGCCCCUAUUUGUGCUGAUUCAAAUAUCUGACAUUCUAAAAAAAAACAAUUGAAAUAAAGGAAACCAAUGGAUCAUUA